UACAUACUGUUUACAAGAAGCAAAAGAAUUUAUUCAGAAAAUAAAAAUUUGCGUUUUCUCCUAUGAACCAAUUGGGAGUGUUCCUCAUAAUUCCUUGCUUCUUCUUCCAUGUCAAAGCCCAAAACACAUGGAAUUCUCAUUCGGGUAUCCUCAAUCCACUCCAUCCAACCCUCGCAGCAGUCAUUGGCAUUAUCUCAAUUAUGCUUUCUGUAACUUUUCUCAUACUUGCCUAUUCAAAAUUCUGUCACAGAAACACAAUUGAUGAUCUCUUAGUCCAUGACACAAAUCACCAAAAUUUCCUUGGUCUCAGUAGUUCAAGGUCUAGAUUUUCUGGCAUUGAUAGAGCGGUGAUUGAUUCGCUCCCCUUUUUCAGGUUUUCUUCUCUCAAGGGCUCAAAACAAGGCUUAGAGUGUGCAGUUUGCUUAUCAAUAUUCGAAGAAACCGAGAUUCUUCGAUUGUUGCCCAACUGUAAGCAUGCAUUUCAUAAGAACUGCAUAGACCAGUGGCUAGAAAGUCACUCUAGCUGUCCUCUCUGCAGGUACAAGUUCGAUCCAAAGGACCUCAAGAGCUUCAGCUUUUCCAAUAGUUUGAGAUACUUACAGAACCCUUCCAAUCUAUCUGAGGAUCCCAAUCUUGAACUCUUCGUCCAGAGAGAGCAAGAUUAUCAUGGGUCAUCAAGAUUUAACCUUGGAAGCAAUGACAGGAAAAAAAUGAAGAAUUAUUACUUGUGAAAUCAAGAAGGUAAUAAUAGCCAGGAACUUCUGCAUAAAUUCAAGCACAAGAUCAUUGUUUCUGAUGUUAUUAUCAAGAACCGAUGGAGUGAUGUUAAUUCCUCAGAUUUGUUGUUCUUGAACUCUGAGAUGCUUAAUGUCAUGUCAAGCACCAGGUUCUCCCCUGCAAAUUCAAGCAGCUGUACAGGAUUCUCCAUGAAUGAAAAUAUAGAAAAGAUCAAAGAGGACCUAGAGAGGAAGAGAUUAUACGAGUCCAAGAUUAGCAAAGCUGACAGAAGUGAUUCAUUUUCAACUUCAUGUUUACUCUCUACUUCAUAUCAGGAGGAAAGUUCAAGGCAAAUGAUUAAUCCUGCGGAGAUGAGAUCAAUGUCUGAGAUUACAAUCUAUUCAAGGUUCAAGGAGCUAAAUGUGAGGAACAAAAUCAAAGAAUCCUUAUCUCCGAGGAGUAGUAGUGAAAAGGAAGACAGGAUAAGGAAGCUUUGGUUACCAACAGCAAGGAGAACAGUUCAAUGGUUUGCAGGUCAAGAAAGAAACUUACAAGAGCUAGAGUACAAAAGACAAACAUCGAACGUGUGAUAUUAUUUUAGCUGCAACUUUUUACAAGGUUUGUAAAUUUCAUGUAGCUCAUACAUUAGACAUCAAGGUGACCAUUGUCCCAUUUUAGAAGUCCCUAUUAAUUGAA